CGACACUUGACACCUAGCUAUCGAUCGGGCAUCGUUUGUUGACAGUUCUCGAUGUCCGCAAGGCACUACUCGUCUCUCGGACUCUCUAGGGCUGCAAUACAUAUCUCUCUCAACCCGUCAUUUGCAAAUUGCCACUCUCCCUCGACGACCUCACGCUUGUAGUGGAUGCUUUCGCAACAUCUGAUAUCUGUGACGACAUUUCGGGACAUUCGAUGGGAGGCGCAUGUAUCACUCUAGCUACAGCUGGUGUCGUGCCUGCGCUGAUACAGGCAGCAGGACGCUGGUCCUCGGAUGAGUUCCAAAAAUACAUUCGGAAGACAUCUCAUCCAUGGGCAUUGGGUUUAGGGCACCGUGACUCAUCGAAAAUUGACAACGCUGCAUGCUCGUUUCGAUUCUGUAUUAUCCAUUGCUUCGACUGUAUUUCUCGAGAGUGUCCGUCUGGAAUUCUAUAUAAAAAAAGAAAGAAAAAAAAUAUGACAAAUUUUGAAUAGCCCUGUUAUACUAACGUUUUUGUCGAGGCUCG